CUUGGCACAAUGACUCUCCUCCUUAGUCAGCAAUGGUGGUGUCUGGUAGUGUCACACAGUAUACACACAUACAUGUAGAGGUGAGUGCAGGAUUCACUUAGUGGAGUCCAUUGAUUUGGAAUAAGCGCAGUCGUGCUGAGUUUGGUUUUAUAGAGGAAAUGACAGUAUAUAAGCUGGUAAUGAAUGGCUUCUAUUUCAUAUACCAGCUACCUAGCUCAUAAAGCAAUAAACAGCAGUAUGGGCAAGGAGGAUUACUCGCUGAGGGUGCAGAUUAUGCAGGCAAAGCCAAUUUUGGCGGUGGUUUUGUUGCAGUUUGGCUAUGCAGGGUUGAGUAUAAUUGCAAAGCAUGCACUAGACGCAGGGAUGAACCACUACACUUUCAUCGUCUACCGCCAUGUCAUUGCAGCUGCUGUCAUUGCUCCUUUUGCUAUUGUCUUAGAAAGGAAAAGGUGGCCAAGGAUGACUUUCUCCAUCUUUGCGAAGAUAAUGCUGAUGGGGUUACUAGAGCCUGUGAUUGAUCAGAACCUGUACUAUGUGGGGAUGAAGAACACAACUGCAACUUUUACCACUGCUAUGAGCAAUAUUAUUCCUGCAUUCACAUUUCUAAUAGCUUUGGUCCUCAGGCUAGAGAAGGUGAAUCUGAGAAGACUGCAUAGCCAGGCAAAGGUGGUGGGGACAAUGGUAACAGUGGGGGGAGCUAUGCUUAUGACACUGGUUAAAGGGCCUGUACCAGACCUGCCAUGGACUAAAGGAAGACACCAUCAUCAAUCUUCUACUAGUCAGCAACAACAUCCCAUUAAAGGUGCCCUCAUGAUCGCAGCAGGCUGUGUAUGCUGGGCAUGUUUCCUGAAUCUACAAGCACAUACGGUGAAGUCAUAUCCAGCUCAGCUCUCCCUCACCACUUUGAUAUGUCUGAUGGGGGCUCUCGAAGGUGCCAUAGUCACCCUUAUUAUUGAACACAGCAAUGCCUCAAUCUGGGUUAUACCCAAGGGUCCUACACUAUGUGCUGUUCUCUAUGGUGGGAUAGUGUGUUCAGCCAUUGCUUAUUACAUUCAAGGAGUGAUAAUGGGAGAAAAGGGACCGGUUUUUGUGUCGUCUUUUAAUCCUCUGAGCAUGAUUAUUGUUGCCAUUCUGAGCUCCUUCAUUUUUGCUGAGGCACUCCACUUGGGAAUGGUUCUUGGAGCAGUAGUCAUUAUCAUCGGCCUAUAUCUAAUUUUAUGGGGUAAGAGCAAGGAUCAACCAGAGGGAGUCCAGCUGCUGCCAAUUGAUCAACAAAUGGCUAGAAUGAAUGGGAAUGCAGAGACCUUAAAUGGUGAUUCCGUUACCAAAGUGACAGUCGAGGAAUGUGUUUGAAGGAAUUGAAAGAACAGAGUUGAAGUGAUUGAGAUUUUGAGUUUUCUGUAUGUAACAUGUUCCAUGAAAUUAACCUGAAACCCAAGUUCAUAAUGUUUAUCAUAAAAUCUAUUGAAGUA